AUGCUCCCCACACCUCUCCUAGAACUCCUCGCCCGGACACUGGAAACCCUCUACCAGCCUUGCCCCAAUGACUCCAUCCUCGACUGCCCACCCUCAACGCGCUCAAUACUACCUUCUCGUCCCGCGGCGCUGAUACAGCUAGCUCACGCAAAGAUACACAGCUACCCUUUCAGCAAAGUCCCCGUCUGCUGGCGGAGGCUGUUUACGGAUGCUAGCAUUGGACAGGCGAUACGGGUCGUGAAGCAUGGGGUCGAAGCGAUUGAGAGAGUGGGAAGUAUUGAAGAUGCGGAUCGGAAUAAGAUUGUGAAUGGGCGAGGAGAAAGGGAAGAUUGGGUACAGGAAGCUGUCAGGUUGCUUGAUAUGGCUGUCAUAAUGGCUGGGGCGCCAGAGAGGGAAGAGAUGAUCGAGGAGCUGCUGUCUGCUUUACAAGUCUAUGUUGAAGAGAAAGACCGUGGGCCACCAAGGAAGAAGCGGAGAAUGGAGGGGGAUAGAUUUUCUACGGAGGGGAACAAUGUACCCGAGAUCCGGAAGCAGAUACCCAUCCGAGCUGUUCUAUCCAUGGAAGCUUUCGAGAAGCAUUUGAACACCGGUCUCCCUCUGGUCAUCCAAGGCGCCAUAAACCAUUGGCCCGCACUGCACGAACGGCCUUGGAGCAGCCCGGCAUACCUCAUGAAGAAGACCUUUGGAGGCAGGAGACUGAUACCGGUGGAGAUCGGCCGAAGCUACACGGAUGCAGAAUGGGGCCAGUCGAUCAUCACAUUUAAAGACUUCAUGUCUGAAUAUCUUCUUCAAGACUCUUCUAAUGCCGGAGACAAUGGCAUAGGCUAUCUAGCUCAACACGACCUCUUCACUCAGGUACCCUCCCUGCGAAACGACAUCUCUAUCCCGGACUACUGCUACACUAACCCUCCACCACCAGCGCCAGAUACACCGCUGGGUGUCAAAGAGCUACAGCCGAAGUUGGACGAGCCAUUGCUGAAUGCGUGGUUUGGGCCAGCUGGAACAGUCUCGCCAUUGCAUACGGACCCUUAUCACAACAUCUUGUCUCAGGUUGUGGGCAAGAAGUAUGUAAGACUCUAUAGCCCGAGCGAGAGUGAAAAGCUUUAUCCGAAGGGUAUGGAGGGAGGUGGGGUCGACAUGAGCAAUACGAGUGAAGUCGAUGUUGAGGCAGAAGAAGGAGUGCUUGAUGAGGGAUUUCCGCUCUUUCGAGGGGCGGUGUAUGUCGAGACGAUUCUGAACGAGGGCGAAUGCCUGUAUAUCCCUGUGGGAUGGUGGCACUAUGUGCGGAGCCUGACCGUCAGCUUCAGUGUAAGCUUUUGGUGGAAUUGA